CCAAAGAAAAACAAGUUGGCAAGGCACCCAGCUGAUUUUUAUUAAAUGGUCGCUAUUAUAUCUAGAGCAUCUUCAAAACCAAAACAAUUUGUCAUGCUUAUCAGGUUAUACUGCUACAAUAACAAAAAACAUCGACUUUAAAAUGGAGCAGGUCCAAGGGAAAGAGAAACCACAAUUAGAAGACGAGGACAUUCAAGUGGACGAUGCGGCCCAAGUUACAGAGGAGUAUCUAGUAAAAGAAGAAUACGAAAUGGACGAGGACUUUGGGAUUCAGUUUGUGAUGGAAACCCCUCAACCACCUAUCAACCAAUUGGCCGAGAUCAGCCAACGGGUUUGGGACUUAGAAAACGCAAUGGAGGCGAACACGAAGCAGCUGGCGGAGAACACAAAGCAGGUUGCAAAGAUGGCGGCCUUGUUGGAGUUAUUUUUAUUCAAAGGGAAGGCGAAGGAUGUGGCUGUAGCUGUGGAAGUAAAGUUCCCAGUCGCAUCGGAAGAGGACCUUGUAGCUUUAGAGCUUAAAAUAAGCUCACAGUUAAAAGAACGCUACAUGGAAGCAAUAACAAAAAUCUUAAAGAGCAAGCAUUUGUCCAAGGCAAUCAAGGGCGUUUUGACGGAACCGCUCUUGUGCGCCUACAACAUAGACGGGCUUAACGGGAAGAAGUCUUUAAAAGCAUUUCCCAAAUUCUUUUCCGUUCUGAUUGAUAGCAUAAGCACAUUACCAGGCCAGCAGCCAGCGGAGAAGGCCUUGGCCCACGCACUGUCAUGUGCGAAAAAUAAUGCAAAUAAAAAAAGGAAAAAAUUAAUGGAAAUAAAAAAUUAAUACACAAGCUUCCAGAAUCCAAAGAUUACGCCAAGAUGUGCUACACAAUACCCACGUAAAACUAACCAGAGAGGACCGUCCCAAAAGAAAGCCUCCAUUCCGGUUGCCCAGAGCAGUGAAGGAUUCUGGUUACUUUAUUACUAAACAAAGUUGAAUUUUCUGUAAUCUCUAAAUAUCGUUGCUCUGUGGCUGUAGCCACAAUGUCGCAUAAUUAUCGCUCGAUCUUUGAAAAUAUUUUUCAACAUUAUGUAAGAAUAUCUUCUUUCCAAAAAUAAUAGAAGUUUUUGGUAUAUUCGUGUACUAAUUUAAAAUAUUUAUUUUAUAUAAGGGUAUGAGUAAAUAUGUUUUAAGUGUAUGCAUUACAUAAAUUCAUGUUCGCUACUAGUACGGAGACGUUAAGAUAGAGCUUGAAUAUGUAUCGGAAGGGUAAAAAUUGAUUUAUGCAUAUAAAAUCUGUAGUUACAAUAAAAAUAAAAUUAUAUAAUAAGUAAAUCACUGUCUGACAGUCUAGAAAA